AGUAAAACCACUGAAAAGUCACAAAAUUAGCUUAAGGGAUUAGAGAACAGACACAAAAGACUUCUCUUUUCAUGAAAAUGUGGAGAUCGCCGAUCUGUUUCGCCGCCCUAACGCUGUUGUUGGUCGCUUUGGCCUACGCCGAAGACGUCAUUGUUCUUACCGAAGACAAUUUCCACCAAGAGGUCGGCAAAGACCGUGGUGCUCUCGUCGAGUUCUACGCUCCCUGGUGUGGACACUGUAAGAAGCUUGCUCCCGAGUUCGAAAAGCUCGGUGCAAGUUUCAAGAAGGCAAAAUCUGUUUUUAUUGGAAAGGUUGACUGUGAUGAGCAUAAGAGCCUUUGCAGCAAGUAUGGGGUUUCUGGGUAUCCCACUAUCCAAUGGUUUCCUAAAGGUUCAUUGGAGCCCAAAAAGUAUGAAGGUGCAAGGACUGCUGAAACCCUUGCUGAAUUUGUUAACAGUGAAGGAGGUACCAAUGUCAAGAUUGCUUCCACCCCUUCAAAUGUUGUGGUUCUGACUCCCGCUAACUUCAAUGAGGUUGUACUUGAUGAGAAGAAGGAUGUUCUAGUUGAGUUCUAUGCACCCUGGUGUGGUCAUUGCAAGAGCCUUGCUCCUAUCUAUGAAAAGGUUGCAACAGCAUUUAAUCUGGAGGAAGAUGUGGUCAUCGCUAAUCUUGAUGCUGAUGCACACAAAGAUCUUGCUGAAAAGUAUGGUAUUAGCGGUUUUCCUACAUUGAAGUUCUUCCCUAAGAACAACAAGGCUGGUGAAGAUUAUGAUGGUGGGAGAGAUUUAGAAGAUUUUGUUACUUUCAUUAAUGAGAAGUGCGGAACAAGCCGAGAUGCUAAAGGAAAACUGACCUCCAAAGCUGGUAUCAUUGAGGAGCUUGGAAGCUUAGUGAACGAAUUUUUGAGUGCAAAAGAUGAGGAAAAAAAAAUUGUAUUCAAACAGUUAGAGGAAGAAGCUGGGAAGCUUAAGGGUUCAACUGCAAGAUAUGGGAAGAUCUAUGUGAAAGCUGCUAAGAGCUGCAUGGAAAAAGGCUCUGAUUAUGCGAAGAAUGAAAUCCUACGAUUGGAGCGCAUAGUUUCUAAGUCAAUCAGCGCAACAAAGGCAGAUGAAUUCACCCUAAAGAAGAACAUCCUAUCAAUGUUUGCUUGAGAUGAGUGGUGAAUUGCAGAGUGGUAAAUUGUAAGAACUCUUCUUCUCCGAGGGGUGGAAGGAACGCGAGCUUUUACCUUGGAUUCAGUUCCUUGAGAUAUGAGUUGAGGAGCAGGAGUCAUUAUAGUUGUAUUACUACAAGAUAGUUUCCACCACUAGUAAUCAUAGUGAACAUCUUACAAUCUCAAUUUUCAUAUUGACAGACUUGUAAGAGUUGUUUAAGCAGAUCAAUCUUAUUUUGUUAUUUGGCUGA